GGAUAUGCGCCGGCCGGACCUGAGUAUGUUGGGCUCCUUGUCCUAUCGCGAGUUGCACCCCUUUGCUAACCUCUGCUUCCGCGCAGUCGUCCCCUAUCAGGAACCCAAGGCCAAGGGCGACUCCACCGAGCUCUCCUCGACGCUGUCCUCUACCCUGCCAAUGGCUGCGAUGCUCACGCGCAACAAAUUUAUCGGAUGGGCUUCCGUUGUCUUCAGCAUUCAGACCUGGCUUGGAGAGAGCGAGGAGACCAAGAAGAGCUCCGCGACGCCCGGGUACUUCUCCGUGGGCAUGUCAGUCAUGGCUCUCGCCGUCAGCUACCUGCCCCUCUUCCUCCCUCCUCCCGCUCAAAGAGGAGGCGCCGCGACUGGCACCGGGCCCGCUGCCCCUGUUCCUCCCGCGUAGAUACCGGUGUCCACAUAACAAUCUGGGAAGGGGGUGGUGUAAGAGUGUGUUCAAUAUCACAUAUGGCUGCCACAUGAGACGAGGCACAUGGGCAGUGUCUAGGAGGGCAUUUUGACGAGUCGAUGAUGGCGUCAGGGGGGCAAAGCAUGGUGGAAAAUUGUAGUAUAAUACCUCUCUUGGAGAAAACCUAAAAGCGGGCGGAAGAAACGCCACGCGAUUGAUACUCAAAAAACUUAAUAGCAUCAAGUUGAACAUAUC